UCCCGUUUCUCGGGGCGUUAUAUAAGAAAAGCAAAUUCACUCUGAAAAACUCAAAAUUACAACAAAAAUGGUGAGCUCUCUCGCCGCGCCAAAGCUCACCACGACCUUCUCUUCCUCCACGACCCUCCUCUUCUCCAAGAACCUCCCUCUCUCUCUCUCUAACCCCUUUCUCUCUCUUCCUCUAAACCUAACUUCUUCCGUCACUCAUCUCCACUGCCGCUCCCUCUCCUUCUGCCACCGCCACCGGCGCGGCUUCGUCGCGGCCUCCGCCGAGCCGGAUAACGGCGCAGAUUCCGCUCGUAAGUACGAUUUUGACCUCUUCACCAUCGGCGCCGGCAGCGGCGGCGUCCGGGCUGCCCGCUUUGCCGCCAAUUUCGGCGCCUCCGUCGCCGUCUGCGAGCUUCCGUUCUCUACUAUCUCCUCCGAGACCGGCGGUGGCGUCGGCGGAACGUGUGUCCUUCGUGGAUGUGUGCCAAAGAAGUUACUUGUUUACGCUUCAAAAUACUCCCAUGAAUUUGACGAGAGCCAUGGUUUUGGGUGGAAAUACGAUAGUGAACCAAAGAAUGACUGGAGCACCUUGAUAGCUAACAAGAACGCAGAGUUGCAGCGCCUGACUGGUAUUUACAAGAACAUUUUGAAGAAUGCCGGUGUAUCUUUAAUUGAAGGUCGUGGAAAGAUAGUUGACCCGCACACAGUUGAUGUCGAUGGGAAGCUAUAUUCUGCGAGAAAUAUACUAAUUUCAGUUGGGGGCCGACCCUUCAUUCCUGAUAUACCUGGCAGUGAGUAUGCAAUAGAUUCAGAUGCUGCCCUCGAUUUGCCCUCAAAACCUGAGAAGAUAGCAAUUAUUGGCGGUGGAUACAUUGCCUUGGAAUUUGCUGGCAUCUUCAGUGGUUUGACAAGUGAAGUUCAUGUGUUUAUACGCCAGAAGAAAGUUUUGAGGGGCUUUGAUGAAGAGAUCAGAGAUUUCGUUGCGGAACAAAUGUCUGUUAGAGGAAUUGAGUUCCACACAGAGGAGUCUCCCCAGGCUAUCAUUAAAGUUGCCGAUGGAUCAUUGUCUUUAAAAACCAACAGGGGAACAGUUGAUGGUUUUUCACACAUUAUGUUUGCUACAGGACGCCGGCCCAAUACAAAGAACCUAGGAUUGGAGGCAAUGGGGGUAAAGUUAAACAAGAAUGGAGCAAUAGAGGUCGAUGAAUACUCUCGCACCUCGGUUCCUUCCAUUUGGGCAGUAGGAGAUGUUACAGAUAGAGUGAAUCUCACUCCAGUUGCUUUAAUGGAAGGAGGUGCAUUAGCAAAAACAAUAUUUCAUAAUGAGCCAACAAAACCUGAUUACAGAGCUAUUCCCUCUGCUGUCUUUUCACAGCCGCCGAUUGGACAAGUUGGUCUUAGUGAAGAACAGGCUGUAGAACAAUAUGGUGAUGUUGACAUUUUCACAGCAAACUUCCGGCCCUUGAAGGCUACUCUGUCAGGGCUUCCAGAUCGGGUUUUUAUGAAACUUGUAGUCUGUGCAAAGACAAAUAAAGUUGUGGGUUUGCAUAUGUGUGGAGAAGAUUCACCAGAAAUUGUGCAGGGGUUUGCAGUUGCUGUGAAAGCUGGCUUGACCAAGGCCGACUUCGACGCCACUGUGGGUAUUCACCCUACAGCUGCUGAAGAGUUCGUCACAAUGAGGACUCCUACUAGGAAGAUUCGAAGCAGUCCCGAGGGAAAGACGGAUUCUGAGGUUAAAGCUGCAGCAGGGGUCUAGCUGUGAUCUUGUUUAACCAAUCUGGUGUCAACCUACCAAGGUCUACAUAAUUCAAAAUGGUGGCUGAUGAAAGAUACAUCUGAAGGAGUUACGGGUCACCGAAGAGCUGACAUGACAAUGGAUAAAUCUUGAGGUUUUUAUUCUACACUUUUCGGCAUUGCGGUCAGUCGGACAUAUGGGUUCUAAUCUUCCUUCAACAAUUCUCUGGCGGACAAACGGGUGUUUCUUUUCAUAAAUCUUCUUCCCUUUUCUCUCACCCAUUUUGGUCAUUAUAGGAGAUGUUACUCCGAGAUAUGUUAAAUAAUUGUUUAUUCAAUUUCAGAGCAUGCGAGUAAUAGAUGUACCAUGUACGGUCUCUUUAAACGCAUAAUAAGAAGGUUUUGGUCUUGAGACUU